CAAAGCGCGCAACUCCAUCACACAAGCUGGUUGGAUAUUAUCUUUCGAUACCCACGAAACUCGCGUGUUUUGUGUUCGCCGCUACGCCGUUCAGUUUUGACAAGACACCAGCCGCGUGAACACGGUGUAUUUUCCGAUAUACACAGUGUUUUAGUUUCAGUCAAGAUGCCUUCAGAAAAAACCGUGUUCGAUCCGAACCCUGCGCUAGCCAAAUCGGCCUACGUCUCAUCGAUGUCCCAAUACAAAGAGAUGUAUCAAAAAUCUAUCGACAAACCCGACGAGUUUUGGGGUGACAUCGCUAAACAGUUCCAUUGGGAGACUCCUAUAAAUUAUGACAAGUUUCAUACAUUUAAUUUUGACAUAACUAAAGGACCUAUUUUUACUAAGUGGAUGGAUGGAGCUACAACAAAUAUUUGUUAUAAUUUGUUGGACAGGAACGUCAGAAAUGGACAUGGAGAGAAAAUUGCAUUUUACUGGGAAGGCAAUCAUCCAGACGACUACAGUAGGUUGACAUACAAAAAGUUAUUAGAAGAAGUAUGCAGAUUUGCCAAUGUAUUAAAAAACAAAGGCAUUCAAAAAGGCGACAGAGUUGCUGUAUAUAUGCCGAUGAUUUUAGAAGCUAUAGUUACAAUGCUCGCUUGUACUAGGAUCGGUGCCGUCCAUUCUUUAGUGUUUGCCGGAUUCUCGGCCGAUUCCUUCGCCGAAAGAAUUUUGGACUGCGAAGCCAGGCUCUUGGUGACCGCCGAUGGUGCUUGGAGAGGUGAAAAACUUCUCCAGCUUAAAUCUAUCUGCGACCAAGCUAUGGCCAAAUGUUCACAGAAAGGUCACAACGUAGAAACUUGCGUAGUUGUAGCGCAUUUAGGACGUGUUACGUCGCCGCAGGGCACGCAAUACAGCAGUAAUAAGACUCCAAUGACACCUGGUCGUGAUGUUUUCUGGCACGAAAUCGUUCCACAAGCUUGCACUAGUUGUUAUCCAGAAUGGAUGGAGGCGGAAGAUCCGCUUUUCAUGCUUUACACUAGUGGUUCUACAGGAAAACCCAAGGGAGUUCUGCACACUACCGGAGGAUACAUGGUUUACGCUGCUACUACCUUUAAAUACGUGUUUGAUUACAAACAGAAUGACGUCUACUGGUGUACUGCCGAUAUAGGAUGGAUUACUGGACAUACUUAUGUCGUGUACGGACCUUUGGCAAAUGCUGCUACUUCAGUUUUGUACGAAGGUACACCAUUUUACCCACACAACGACAGGUUUUGGACAGUGGUAGAUAAAUAUAAAGUAAAUCAAUUCUACACAGCUCCCACAGCCAUUAGAUCUUUAAUGAAAUUUGAUGAUGAACUAGUAACAAAACACAACCUCUCGUCGUUAAAAGUAUUAGGGUCAGUAGGAGAACCUAUCAACCCAGAAGCAUGGCACUGGUACUAUAAACUCGUAGGAAAAGAAAGGUGUUCAAUAGUUGACACUUUUUGGCAAACUGAGACUGGCGGACAUGUACUUACUCCACUGCCUGGAGCUAUUCCUAUGAAACCUGGAUCAGCGGCUGUUCCAUUUUUCGGGGUACAACCAGUUCUGUUAGACGAAUCCGGAAAAGAGAUAAAAGGUGAAGGUGAAGGUUAUCUCGUAUUCUCACGUCCAUGGCCUAGUUUGAUGAGGACCCUUUUUAAUAAUCACGAUCGAUACGAAACCACGUAUUUCACGAAAUUCCCUGGAUAUUAUUGCACCGGAGAUGGAGCUAGACGUGACGCUGACGGAUACUUGUGGGUAACUGGUCGCGUAGAUGACAUGUUAAACGUAUCCGGUCACCUUAUGUCCACAGCAGAAGUAGAGGCCAUCCUAACCGAGAAUCCUGCAGUGUCGGAAGCCGCGGUGGUGUCCAAACCGCAUCCUGUCAAAGGAGAAUGCCUUUAUUGUUUUGUGACAACAACAGAAAACGGUGUAUUCGACGAAAUACUGAUUAAACAACUGAAGCAAGCUGUUAGGGAGAAGAUAGGUCCUUUCGCCCAGCCCGAUGUCAUCCAAAAUGCCCCAGCCUUACCAAAAACUAGAUCCGGAAAAAUUAUGAGAAGGAUAUUAAGGAAAAUAGCAGUUAAUGAUAGAGAUGUUGGUGACAUUAGUACUCUAGCAGAUAGUUCCGUGGUAGAUCAGUUGUUUGCUAGUAGACCGCAAGGAGCUUGAAUGUAAAUCAUGAAAAAUUUGGUUACUUAAGGAAAAUCAGUGUAGAUUUUUCUCAUUAGAAUAUUAAAUCUAUGUUGGGUCUGUUGUAUCAACACAAGUGUAAAAUAUUCUAAGUCUAAGUUCGCAGCUGUGAUUUCAAUACUAAUUUAUUUUAAAUAUUUUGUAGUCCGUUUCAAAAAUUUUAGUUAUUCGCGUAUUAACUAAAUUUUAUGACAGUCUCUUAUGCAGCAACGUAACUCCAAAAAAGUUAUCUAAGUGUUUUAAAUCACGUGAUCUUGGGGAUCAGUUAACACACCCUUGGUUUAUGUUAAAUGAUGAAGGGUUUUCAAUUUGUUUUCAGUAGGAAGAUUGGUCUGUUUUCAAUAUAGAUAAACUAAUAAGCAAGAUAGAUUAAUUCAGUGAUAAUCUUUGGAAACGUAGUGCUGUGACAUUUGUAGUAGGUAUGCAAAAACAAAAUAAUGUGAUAGCAUACUAGGAACUUCAUUUAAUCAUUGUUGUAUAUUCAAAAAAUUGCCUUGUUCUGAAACGUAUUUUAUUUCAAAACCGGUUUAGCUGGCGCCUUCUUUUCAUGACCUCAAAUUUUAAAUUCAAUUUGAUUUCCAUUAAUUAUAGGCAGAUAAUUAACAAUUAUAAAAACAUAUAGGGAUACUAUAUGUUUUCACAACGAAUAUCCAUUUUUUUUUACUUAAAAUCAGGAUAAUAAAAUAAUUAAUUAAAUAAAUAAAGUUAAAGACCGACAACACGUUUGACGACGGUGAACACGACCACAGAAUACCUUUUGUUAUUUUUUCUAUGAUUUGCAAUAUAUUAGGCAGAACAGUCUUGUUGAAACCAGAUGUUUUAUCUAACAACUCAUUUGGGAUGAAAUUAAUAAUUUUAUUUGCUUUUUUCUUUAUCUAAUAAUCUCGUUAGUCCUAAAAUUCUACUACUUCCUAAUUUUUUAACCUUAUUUGGACUUUUUAUGAAUUGAGAAUAAUUUGACAGUAUCCUAAGAGAAAUGUAGAACUUUCUGAUAAGGAUAACCAAUAUUGUUAGUAAGGAGCUAAAAUAUUUGAAACGCAUCCACCUUCAAUGCUCAACUUUUCAAAAAACUUGUCACUUAAUUUAUUAAUUUUAUUUUAUGUUCUGAAUGAUUGUUUUAUAUGACAUUAACAAAAUUAUUGUCAUUGUUGGAUAUUUUUGUUUGAAAUAUGGUAUGAUAUAUCAGACUCUCAAGCCAAAACUUGGUCGUAUUUAUAUUACCUAUAUUUAUUCUAGUCUAUAGAAAAUGUAAAAGAUCUAUGUAUGAAAUUGUUGUUUUGCAGUGCACUUGUUUUAAUUAUUUUUAAUCUAUAAAUAUUGGAGCAAAAUAUCCUAAUAAAAAUAAAACUAUUCAUAAGUGUGGUUAAAAAAAUACGUUAGAACAAAUUUUGAUGUCAUUUUAGUAAAGCGUUACCAAUAUGACAGACGUAUAUGGCUAAAAAAACAUCAAACAUUGUAAUAACGUGAAACCAGAGAUCCCGUUUCGGCAGAAAAACUCGUAGAAAAUAAUAUUAAAAAUGUACAUAAUAAUGACCUAAAAUAUAUAGAGUAAAGUCGGCAUAUAUGGAAUAUUGAUUACUCAUAAAGUGAUAACGUAGAGACUAAAGUGUUAGGAGCCGCAAUAUUUCAUUAUUUAAUAGUUCUAAGUAUCUUCAAAAAGUGAUAGAUACUAAAUUGAAAAUAAAAUCGUAUACGGCAAUUAAACAAUUAUAUUAAAAAAAAGGUAUUGUUUUUGAAAAUGAAAAAUGGAGGGUUAUAUGGAAUAGUCAUAUAUGGUAAUAUGGAAUUGACUAAUAGAUGCAAAAUACUUUAAUAUUUUAUCAUUCGCAGCCCCAUUGUUUUUGUUUUCUCGGCAAAGGAGUAGCCAUAAUUUCUGUACAGUAAAAAUUUCAAUAACAUUACACUCAGUGACUUAUAUGAGAGCAAUAUUGCAAGAAAUAUGGAAUAUUCCGUAUUACCCGCUCCACGAAAUGUACUCAAAACUAGUGCUCUAUUAGAUAUUAUGAAAAGUAAUAAAUUAAAUGGUGAAGAUUUCCACUAUCUUAUGCCUAACCCAUCUCACCAUGCCUUUAAAUUAAUUAAUUUUCACAAAAUCACAAAUCAUAAUUUCACAUUUUGCGACUAUAUUGGCAUAUAAUGGCAAUUUUAUUUUAUGGCAGAAGCCUACAAUUCUAAAGGGCGUUCUAAUACCUCUAUCCUUUAAGAGAUGGAGCAGCCCGAUUUAAAAAUUCAAAAAUAUUGAAAAUUCCAUAUUACCCGACUAUUCCAUAUAUACCGACUUUACCAGUACUUAUUCUUUCAUAUUUGGCAUGCGGUUAUAAUGUAAAAGGGUGCCAGUUAUCAACAGCGCAUCCAAAUGGAUGCUUCUCGCCAUUGACGUUGUCAAUGUAUGACAAUGGCAGACAGUAAAUGGAAGUAUUUUAUAAAAAAUGUAACUAAGAAUAUAAUAAUCAAGAAUGUAAGUAAAUGCUUGGUUUAGAAAAAUAUUUAAGCACAAACAGUCUAAUAAAUUUAUUUGAACUAAAUUAUUGUAACUUUGUUUACAACGUUUUAUUAAUUUUAUUUUUGGUUUUUAAAAUUAUUUUAAAUGAUUUAUGUAUGACGUGAAAGAAGUGAAUGAUGCGUGAAGUAAACAUAUUUUUGUAAAAAGAAAUUGAUGAAAUUUAUUUUUUUAAGGUUAUUUUUAGUAUAGACAUUUGUUGAUUUAUAUCUAACUGUUAAUAAUGAUUUUUGUAAAUAGAUAAAUAAAUGAUAAUCACUUGUUUAUUUUGGAGCUUUAUGUAUUAAAAAAAAAUGCCUUCAUCAAACAUAUCAUUCCAGAAGCUGAC